AUGGGAAUUCGUUCUGCCCGAAAAAUCCACCGAGAUACGAAGAUACCAUUGUCUACAAUUAGUUAUCAAUUGAAAAAGCUUCGAACUCAAGGUUCUCUACAACAUCAAGCAGGCAAUGACCAACGAUGUAAGAUUGGCGCCAAAUGCAGCCGAGCACUAGGUCAAUUUAUUAGAAGAAAUAAUGAAGUCACGUUGUAUGAAUUGGUUGAAAAGUUACAUAAUCAAUAUAAAUUAACUGUUUCCACCAGUACAAUCUCACGUCAUUUGCACCGUCUUCAAUAUGAAAAGUGUUUACCAUUGAAUACUUCAAUACUCACGCCAGAAUAUAAAGAACGUCGAGUUGAAUGGACUAAACAACAUUUAAAUGACAAUUGGAAAUCUAUAGUAUUUACCGAUGAAUGUUCAUUUCAAUUGUUUAGAAAUACAAUUCGUCAUUGGUCAAAAAAUCCAAAAGAAGAUAAAAAAAGAAUUCCGAAGAAUCGACAAAAAGUUCAUGUUUGGAGUUCCAUUAAUUCUCAUGGAAAAGUUGGUUUUCAUUUAUUUCAAAGCAUUAUGGACAGUGUUUAUUACAUCGAAAUAUUAGAAAACAAUUUGAUUCAUAAUGCUAAACGAUAA